AUGCUGAGGAGGCGGCCUCGCGAUCCCCUGCAGGCUCUGCACCGCCGCAACCAGGAGCUGAAGCACCAGGUUGAUAGUUUGAUUUCUGAGAGCCAACCAAAAGGAGUUCUAGAAGCCAAUAAAAGACAAGACAUUUACCAAAGAUGUAUCCAAUUAAAACAUGCCAUAGAUGAAAAUAAAAAUACUCUUCAAAAAUUAAGCAAAGCUGAUGAAUCUUCACCUGUUGGGAGCUAUAAUCAGAGGAAAGAAGAAGAGCAUCACUUUUUGGACCGAUUAACCCACCAACUGCAAGAAUUUGCUGUGACCAUCAACAGAGAAAUUAGAACUGGGUCACGUACUGCAAGAGAAAAAAAUGACCAUUCUGUUGAAGAAGAUGAUAAGGAGGAUGAGGAGGAAGAAGAAGAAAACAGUGAAGAAAGUAGUGAGGAGGAAAGCAGGACAGAAGAGGAAGAUAAACAGGAAAGUGAAUUUCAAAAUCAAAUAGCCAUUAAAGAAUACAUUGCAAUUGGGGAUUUUACCGCUCAGCAAGUUGGCGAUCUUACAUUCAAGAAAGGGGAAAUUCUCCUCAUAAUUAAAAAGAAGCCAGAUGGUUGGUGGAUAGCUAAGAAUUCCCAAGGAAAGAGAGGCCUCGUUCCCAGAACCUACCUAGAGCCCCGUGAUAAGGAAAAAGGCCAAGACUCAAGUGAAGGCAGCAGUGAAGAAGACGUGGAGAUGGUUGAUGAGACAGCCAGUGAAGCAAAAGUUCAACAAAGAAUGGAUUCUCACUGGAGUGCUGUUCAGGAAGCUGUCUCAGAGCAGAUAAAUACUGUUGAUGUGCUAACCACCAUGGGAGCUGUUCCUGCAGGAUUCAGACCUUCUACACUCUCUCAGCUUCUGGAGGAAGGAAAUCAAUUCCGAGCAAGCUAUUUCAUACAACCAGCACUCACUCCUUCACAACUGGCCUUCAAAGAUUUAAUGUGGGAUGCUAAAACAGGCACUAUUAGUUUAAGAACAAGUCGAGUUUCAUUGAUUCUGACACUGUGGAGCUGCAAAAUGAUUCCUCUUCCAGCAACAAGCAUACAGAUUUUCAGCAGACAUGUUCGCCUCUGCCUGUUUGAUGGGAAUAAGGUUCUGAGCAACAUUCAUACUGUUAGAGCCAUGUGGCACCCUAAAAAGCCCAAAACCUGGACCUUUUCACCCCAGGUCCCUGGUGUCUUGCCAUGCCUGCUGGACGGUGACUGUUUUGUCAGGUCUAAUUCCUCCUCUCCAGACCUGGGAAUACUGUUUGAACUCGGGAUUUCUUAUAUUCGCAAUUCAACUGGUGAAAAAGGAGAAUUAAGUUGUGGCUGGGUGUUUCUUAAGCUUUUUGAGACCAGUGGAAUGCCUAUUUCAACAAAAACUUAUGAGCUCUUCUUGAAUGGUGGAACCCCUUAUGAAAAGGGUGUGGAAGUGGACCCAUCAGUCUCCAGAAGAGCACAUGGAAAUCUUUUCCAUCAGAUGAUGACCAUGAGAAGACAGCCUCAACUUCUGGUAAAACUGAGAUCUUUGAACAGAAGAUCAAAACACAUACUCAGUCUACUGCCAGAGACAUUGGUUGGAAGCAUGUGCUAUAUUCAUUUAUUGGUCUUUUAUCGCCAAAUCCUUGGAGAUGUGCUCCUGAAAGACAGGACCAACGUGCAGAGUGCUGAUCUAAUUGGUCACCCAGUGUUGGCCACCUUCCCCAGGCUCCUGGAGCAGCCUGAUAUUAUGGAUGCACUCAGGAGUUCAUGGGCUGAGAAGGAAAGCACAUUAAAAAGAUCCAAGAAGAGAGACAAAGAGUUCCUGAAGUCUGCAUUUACACAGGUGUACCACGACUGCGUGUACCCGCUGCUCCACUCCACGUCCCUGCCGCCCUUCAGGUGGGCAGAGGAGGAGGCAGAGGCUGGGCGCUGGAAGGCCAUUGCCGACUUCCUGAAGUGCAGCCAGGAGAAGGAGGGUGUGCUCCCUGCGCUCCUGUCACCAGAGGGCAUCCAUGCACCCUUUGACCUGUCCGAGCAGACCUAUGACUUCUUAGGUGAAAUGAGAAAGCAGUGGCCUGAGGGGGUCAGUUGUGGUCCUCCGCCUCCCAUGGAGUCUGGGGAGCCUCUGUGA